ACCAGUCUGCAGACAGGAAACUACCAUUUUAACGCUCCCAGCAUCCGAGCAGCCGUCGUCCACAGAGGGGGGACACCUAAACCUGACACGGGGCGGAAAACAGCCAGCCGAGGCGGAUAAAAGAAGGAGAAACACGACGGAAACAAAACAAAGGCGCCGUGCGGGAGAAGACGAGCAGCGAGCCGGCGGAGCAGCGCGACCGAAGCGGCAGACAAUGGACAUAUCGGGCCUGGCCAACGGAAAUAGUUUUUGUUAGAGCAGCUCCCGGGCCGAUGGAGAGCCAGGCCUCUCACAGUGUUUUUCCAUGGAUGAAGAAAAAGGCCCCGCUGACAGGCUGCAGGGACCUCGCUCCGACGGCGCACUCUCUACUCGAUGUUUUCCCACUUUUACCCCCGUGUUUGUGAGCUUUUUUCGCACCCAGCCGUCGGUUGCAACAAGGCUGUCGACCUGAAGUCACCGGACAGAGCAGACAGUCCGCCCCCCUCUCCUCACCCCCAACACCGGGGAGCUCCAGACCUGUGGAUCAGCCGGAUCUCCAAAGAACUCCAUGAGGGGGACAGAGGGGCAGUGAAGCAAUGUUUCUCCCUCCACUGAAAUAACGGACACACUCCAUGGGACUGCUGACCUGAUUUUUAAAAAAUCAGCGCCUGGUUAUGGAACACUUCAAAGAAACACUACAGACUCCAUUUUUUAGUACAAUUUAGUUUAUCGCCUAUUUAUGACCCUUUUUUUAUAACAUCCAGAAGCACUUGAAUGCUUCAUUCUUAAAUGGAGAGUAUUAGAAAGACAUUUAUGUGACAAAAACUAAAGCAUCGGCUUUCGGUGGAUUACAGCGAAAGUUUGGGGACUACCUCUGAAAAUCCCGUCUCAUCACUUCGACAGGAGGUCGCCGCUGUUUCCAGCGAUCACAGGCUGAGUGCACGUGGCAGUUGUGGCUACGUGACACUUUGCCACAGCUGUUUUGGGAGAUGUUCCAGUUCAGCAAGUACCCCAUGGACAUUUUGGAGAUGCUAAGUGGACACCAGGCCCACCAGUUCAAGGGCCUCGGACUAGAACGCCAGCUGAGCCACCAGCAGCAGGUCCAGCUGCAGCAUCAGCAGCAGCUCCAGCAGCAGCACCAACCCUCCGCUGACAGCUCCGGGAGCCUGCUGUCCGGCCUGGGCCUCGGAUCCCUCCAGAGCUCCCGCAGCAAUGCCUUUGCCGACUCCUCGUCGUUAUUCGCCAAAAUGAGCGCCCCUCCCCCAUCCAUCUCCCACCAGAGCCAGUCGUCGUCCUCGUCUCACAGCUCCAGGAAGUCCAGUAAGAUGAGCACUAGCAGCAGCAGCAGUAGCGGGAGCUCCACCUCGGGGUACCCCCAGUUCCUGCGGCCUUUCCACCCGGCUGAGGCGGCGCUGGCUCAGGAGCAGCUCCACUCCGGGAUGGGACGUUUUGACUUUGCCGGAAGCAGCAGUGGAGGAAGUGCAGGGGUCAUCGGCGGCGUCGUCACACCCGCGCCCCCUCCUCCACCGCUGCAUCCCGGCCUCUCUGUCCCGCAGCCCUCCACUGGUCCCCCGUCGUCCUCGCCGUCUCCCUCCACUUCUUCAUCAGCCUCCAACAACCCCUCCAGCAGCACUGCGGUCCCGUUAGUCGGCCAGUCGGACCCCCGCAGCCUCCACCAGCAGUUCAGCUGCAUGCUUGCCGCCAACCAGUACUUCCUGUCCGGCGUCCCCACCAAUAGCAGCCUGGAGCAGUUCCUCGUCCAACAAGGCACUCACAACCACUUGGGCUUGGGUCUGAGCCAAGGGGCCAGCGACUCAAACUCGGCCCUGGCCCCUCCCCCCGCCCUCCACUCCUCGCACAGCCACAGCCACACAGCUCCGCCGCCUCAGCAGCAACAGCAGCAGCUGACCCCGCAUGCCUUAUCUCACCCACACAGCCACACUCACCACCCGCACCCGCUCCACCCGGCCCCCCAGCCCGCCCCACUGGGUGGCUUUGAUUUCCAAGGCAUUCCUGUCCUUUCCUCCAACCAGAUAGCAUCACUAAUGCAGCAAGAGGCCGGCCUUCCCCUCCCCCUCCCCCUGCAUCUGUCCCUUUCUAAAGACGAUGCAAAGACAGGUGACUCGUCCUCGUCGACUUCGAGCGGAGGAAGCAGGAGGAAGAAAGCGAUGGCGGGCUACCUGCCUCAGAGGAAAGCAGACAGCAGCAGCCACAGUCACAGCAGCCACAGCAGCAGCAGCGUCACUAACUGCCACAACAGCAGCUCAAGUGGGCACAGUCAGAGCUCCUCGUCGGGCCUCGUGGGAGGAGGAUCCGGGGGUGUCGGGAUAAGUGGCAUUGGAAGCGAGCCACCUCACUCCUCUCUCCUCUCAUCGUCCUCACAGCAGCGGUCAUCCUCCUCCGUCUCUUCCUCCUCGUCUGCCCCUCCCACAUCUAACUCCACCUCUGUGCUCGUAGCCAAUGGGAACCAACAGUUGUCCAAAUCACAAGAUAGUAACAGUUCAUCCGGCCAGCCCGAACCGGAGCCCCUUUACCACUGCGGUGAGUGUGGUAAAACCUUCACCCACCUCUCCAGCCUCCGAAGGCACCUCCGCAGCCACGGCUUGACACCCGAAAGUCAAAGCAGGAAGUCAAACUGUAACUCCCCGAGCCCAGAGAGGAUAUUCUGCUGCGGCGAGUGUGGGAAGAGAUUUAAAAAGAGGGGUCACCUCAUCCAACACAGCGUCACCCACUCCGAAAACCGGCCGUUUGUCUGCAACAUCUGCCAAAAGUCCUUCAACCGGCGAGAGUCGCUCACGAGACACGAGAAGAUUCACGACGAGAAGCCUUUCCGCUGCCCGGCAUGCGGACGGUGCUUCCGCGAGAGCACGUCUCUUCUCAACCACGCUGCUUCAGGCGCCUGCGGGAAACCUCCCCGGAGUUCAAAAAACAGAGCCAGCAGCAGCGGGAGCGGCGCGUCGUCCAACCCGAGCAGCAGUAAAAUGGCGAGCAGCGGAGACAGGGUGGGAAUCCCCAAUGAUGGGGCAACAAUGGCUAACGACAAGUAUGCAACAGAUUAUUCCAGAAAUCGCUACCAGAAUCAGUCGUCCUACAACAGCGGGGUCGAGGACUACAGGCGAUCGCAGUCCUCGUCGCUGUAUUCCUCAGAGAGCGCGCUCGCAAGUGAAAUGACCAGCCAAACUCUGCGAAAGGCCCCUUUAGCCCCAACGCUUCAUCCCCACCCACAGAGCCAGCAGCACCACCACCACCAACAGCCUCAACAACAGCCACACCUCCCUCUCUCCUCCCUGUUGGAUGAUUCGGAGGAUGAGGUCACCAGCAGUGCGAUGUCAGCCAUCGCCGCUGCAGCCGCCGCCUCUUGUGAUAUAAACACAGAAAGCCGGGAAGGAGAGAGACGGGAUAUUAUCGGAGGCUUGCUGGGAGGGUUGGGGUUUAACAUGGGUGGACCGUCAUCCACGUCCAGCCUCAACGGUUCCACCAUCCCUCUGACGCACCCGAGCCAGCCGCACUCGAAGCCUCGGCGGCCGAGGAAACCCCGAGAGAAGAGAGACCCAAAUACCAUCGUCAGGAGGAGAAGGAGCCCCGCGCCUCCGGGCGACGGCUCAGAGAGGCCGUACAGCUGCCAAAUUUGCGGCAAACGUUUCAGACGGGCGGAGACCCUGCGGCGCCACAACCGCGUCCACACGGGGGAGAAGCCGCACGCCUGUGAUGUCUGCGGCAAAAUGUUCCGCGAGCCGUUCCACCUCACCAAGCAUCUGACCGUGCACUCGGGUCAAAAGAACUACAAAUGCAACCUGUGCGGGAAGAUGUUCGCCUAUGCACAGAGCCUCGUGAGACACGGGAAGCUGCACAGAAAAGGGGAGAUCGACAGCCAGGGGAGGAGAAUCAAAGGUGCUGCUGCUGCCGCCGCCGCCGCUGCUGCCGCCAUCAGUCAAGUCACCCCCUCGGGAAACUCUGACUAUUUCUCAUCCUGCUCCCAAGGUGAAAAGUCUCCGACGUCUGGCACCCCCUCCCAGAGGCUUUACACCUGCACGGUGUGCUGGAAGUCAUUCCGCCACUACUUCCACCUGACGGCGCAUCAGCAGACGGUCCACGGCGGCGGGGUCGGGCUGGAAAAGUCUUUUCGCUGUGAAGUUUGCGGUAAAGCCUUCGCCUACUCCAACAGCUUAGUGCGCCACAAGCUGUCCCAGCACGGCAUCGACCGCAACGGCCAGCGUGUAAACCAGUCCCAACCUUCCGGUUACUCGCCGCUCUUCUAUGACGCUGGAUCAGGGUCAAACUACGCCGGGUCGUCUCACAUGCAGCAAGGGGCACCCGGGCAGCAGCAGCAGCAGCAGCAACAACAACAGCCACCGCCGCCGCCACAACAGCAACAGCAACAGCAACAACAGCUGCAGCACCCUUUUCACUACCGCUCAAAAAACUUCCAAAAACGGCAUGGACAGACAAAAAAGCAGAGAAAAAAAAAACGGCGGGUGGUGAUCCACAGCAUCAUGAGAGAUGGGAAGCUGGUGGGUGUCCCUCUAAGUAAAGACACCCGCAGGAAGCUGAUGGUUCUGAGGAAGCGGCAGGGCAAACUACAGGCGCAGCUCAACAAAAAAAAGCUCCUGGCGCAGCUGAGGAUGAAAGGUGGCAUCAUGAAGGUGAAGUCGUGGUGCGGCGGCGCCGUCAGAGUCACCGGGCUCACCUCCAUGGAUGUCCCCAUCAGACGCUUCCCCUGCCCCAUCUGCCCCAGCGCCACAUACGCCAAGAAGGGCUCCCUGCUGCUCCACCAUGCCAUCAAGCACCCGCCGAGAAACUCAGGCCGCUACGCCCGUCUGCGAUGCCAGGUGUGCGGGAGACGCACCAGCUCGUUACACAAAGCCUUGAAACACAGGGGCCAGCAUCUCAAACAGGCCGCCUUCCAAUGCCACAAAUGCCGACACCGCUUCUGGAACCCGCGGCUCCUGGCCCGCCACAAGUUCUGCUGUCGGGCGGCGGCCGCCGACAGGAACUGGGAACUGCUGAGGAUGAAAUCACCAUUGUCAGAUGGCGACCACUCGCCAAUCCAGCCGGCGGUCCCAGUUCUGCCUGAGAGAUCAACAGUUCUGACUGAGUACAGUCAGUGAAACACAAACAGUUUUUUAGACUAGAUUGUUUUGAUGUUUAUUUUUUUUAAAUAAUCCGAAAAGCAAGUUUUUAACAGAACAAGACGGGAGAGCGGGGACUGUUUAGUGUAACUAAUAUCCCCACGCCGCUCCCGAUAAAUCUGCAAUCCUAACUUUACUGCAGCAGAGGUGGUUCAUAAAUUAGUGGACUUCAAAAGGCCUAAAAUCAGAACCACGCUCCUUGCCUGUCCCCCUUUCCUCUGAGGUAGAGGUACUCUAGACCACGUGACUAUUUUAGUAGCACCUGUUUGAAAAAUGCAUUAAUCCUUUUCCGCCAUAUUUUAUUUUUAUUUUUUCCAUUAGCAGUGUUUGCGCAUAAAUACGGAUUGGAUGCCUAUCGUAGAAGUGAGGUACCUUUUUAGUACCAGUUUAUUUUUUCAAAAUGGUCUUCACAUUAUUCACAGUUAAUCCGUAUAGUCCGUGUCUCUUGCUCUGUAUGUGUUUAUUUGUUACCCCGGUGGAGAAUCUCUCACUUUUUAUACCGAGAUCUGCCCUCAACGUAAAUAAAUCUUUUAAGGAAAAAAGAAAGGAGGAGAAAAAAGGUAGUUGAAAGCGACUGAAAAAUGAGCUAGGACAAAACAGAAAAAAAGUGUUGGUGACCUUGUUUUUAAUGUACACUACUUUUGUCAUUUUUUAAAGAGGCGUGCGUAGAGAGAAAACACGACUCAAACUGUUAAUGUGUUCAGGAUCUGAAAAGGACAGAAAUAACCGGAGUGUACUGUACAAUUCGUAUUAUAUUUUAUUAUAUAUUGAUUAUUUGCUGUUUUUUACUCCAAGUAUCAUUUCUUUUAUCAUUGUUGGUAUUGUAUGGGUGGGAGGGAACGAGUCGGGGACUAUCUUUGUAAAACAGCGGGACGAGUAUAUGUAUCGAUGUGAUAUUUUUUUCCCCCUCCUUGUACCCCCUUUUACCUGCUCCCUCAUUGCCACAGUUAUGCCCAAUUUUUGUAACAAAAGCGUGUACACAUAGUUCAUUACUUAGGUCCUGUCCAGACGUGUUUUUUCUUUUUUUUCUGUAAAACUAAAACAUGUAAUAUUAUUACUAAAUUACUAUCCUUUUCUUUGCCUAAAAGUGAGUUGUUGAAAACCCUCAAAUAAAAAAAAAAUGAAAUGGU